GAUAGCAAUAAUAGUUUUAUUGUUUAUUAUUGUGUGUUGUGUGUUGUGUGCAUCACAUAGGAAUUAAAAAAAAAUUAAAUAUUCAUAAAAUAAAAAAUAAAUGCAGAAUGAAGCGAGAUCGGUUCAUAUUACCAUAUAUCAUUUUCAACAUUUUGUUAUUUGUAUCAGUUAAUGGUUAUCAAGUGACAUUAAAAGGUGAUGGACCAAUAGUAGCUGGUGCAACAAUAAAUUUUGUUGUAACAAUUCAGGAUGGAAAUGAUUUAGCCACAGGCACCUUGUUCAAGUAUGAUUGGGAAGAUAGUGGUAUACCUCAACACACAAAACAAUCAGAAAACCAGAAUGCUACAGAUUCAUGGAGCAUCACAUAUAAUGCUAGUAUUUAUCCAGUUGGACCAUAUCUUACUCAAGUGGCAGUAAAAAAAUGUGUAAUAUAUGAAACUUUUUGCUAUCAAAUUGGAUCAGCCCGAAUUUUUUUUGAUAUAACAGGUACUUUGAAUGGAAAAUUGAACCUGCAACAAAUGAAUCUAACAAGACCAGAUCAUUAUGUUUCUAGUAAAGAAACUGUCACACACAUAGUGGAGUUCAAGAAAUCUGACAAAGAAUAUAUAAGUAAAGCUCCAACUGUUCUGACAUACUGGUUUGUAGACUGCACCUAUUAUGGGAUCACAACAGAUUUUGCAUUUCCCUUCAAUUACACUACACCUGAUGAAAGCCAUAUAGUUGAAGCACUAGUUAUGGCUGACUUCACUCCAUUACCUCCUUCUACAACAGUACCUCCUAGCACUACCACUACCAAAACAACAACUACUACAACAACAAAGUCUACUACAACUACUUCAACUCUCAAACCAACUACAAUUAAGCCUAAUGUCACCACAUCAUCACCUAAGAUCACCACUAUUGGAUCCAAUUCAACUACAACAGCCAUAAAAACUGUUAUCAAGAGAAGCAUGGCAAACAAUUUUAGUCAAAAAGUUGUUUCCAAGAUUAAAGUACCAGUUAAUGGUAACCUGGCACCAUAUAAUGGUUCAUUUCCUUUUGUCUGUAAUGGUUCCCAAGUACCUACAGAUCCAUUGAAGAGCUAUGGAUAUUUUUCUAAGUCAGUCAAUGUGAAAGCCCCAUUAUCCAAAGUUAAUGUCACUGGCAAUAACUGGAUACAACCAGGAGAUCUUUUGUCACUAAAAAUAAGCUGUUCUGGAUCGAAAAAUAUUGAGUAUUGUGUGGAAUACCACAGAGGACAGUAUAAUGUUACUGGCAAUGAAUCAUGCUAUGUUUAUGAACAACUUGACUCCUGUGAUUUCAGUAUACAACGAUUUCUGUCACUUCCUAAAAAUACGAUUGUUAUCAUCAUCAAGAAUGAUGUCAGUAAAGUUGUUACACCAGUAACAGUCAACAUUUAUAAGGUUAAAAAGCAAAGCCAAUUAUCUGUAAUUGUAGUACCUGUAUCUUUCUGUUUGGUAGCAGUUGUCAUGAUAGUUUUUGGAGUUGCUUACUACAUCCAGAAUCGUUCUCGAUUCAUAAUUGAGGUGGCAGAUUUCAAUUUUGGCCACCACUACAGUGAUAUGGAGUACAAGACUUUUAGAGAGAGACUUCGAGAUUCUAUAGUCAAUGCGUUUUCCAGAGGGCCAACUCCCAGUACUUCAGAAGUGCCUGUUUGGCCUCCAGGCCAGAAAUAUGGCAACAUGACAUAAAGGUGAUAUGUUAGAAGUGAA